AUGGAGGGAAUCAUCAUUGAGUGUCAAAAGCUGCAGUCAAAACUGGCUCCAGCUGGCGAGACUGUGCGCCAUUUCAUCGCCGCGUAUCCUGACGGUCAAGUACAGCUUUCGCCAUUACUGGAGGAGCUUCUGAGCUUGCCCAAUGUGGUAGUAAAGCUCGAGCAGAAUGCGUCGGGUUGUGAGGCGGAUGUCGAUCUGUUAUCCAAGAUUAGUCGAAUUCCUAAUCUCUGUGUCGAGAACAUUACGCAAAUCGAAUCACUUCUUCGCAUCUCACCCCGACUCUAUCUCCAUGAAAUGGGGAGCUUGUCAGAGCAGGCUGCUGUUUUGGGCUCGCUUCUCGCAACAGAACGCCGAGCUCUGAAUUUAGCUGUAAAUGGGCUUGAUUUGGUCAAAGGGUUACAGCGAGCUGAACGAAACGGCGAAUCACCUCCAUAUGCCACAAACCCCAUUCUCCAGGACAUCUCAUCGAUACAAAAUCUGUUGGGCCAAGAAACCUCGUCAGAGAACAUAACCAGCUUGCUUCGGGAGCUCGAAGUUCGCGACAGGCAGUCUACUGGCUUUUUUCAGCUUCAUACCACCACAAUCAACGGCUUCUUAAAUACACUUAAAGCGUUUGUUGAGCAGCAGUCGGGGGCCAUGUCCACCCUCCAGGUUGCACGAAGAUCGAUCGCAGGCAGCGCCGUUUCUAACACGAGUCCGCCUCCAGAGCUCAAUUUAAACUACCUCGCUCCCACCCUUCCGGAACCGCCCCCCUCAAACGUCAACUUUAGACAUAUUGGGAAAAUUGUGAUGAACCUUGAGAAAGAGCCGCUAGAUAUCAAGUUCAUGCCCGGUAACCCGGUGACUUUCGCAACUGCAAGCUUCCACAGGGACGUUGUCCUUUUCAACGCCACGACUGCUGACCGCCGGAAAGAGAUCAAGGUCAGGGGUGUCCAUAUGAUAUUCUCCCCGAUGGGCGACCUUAUGGCCAUAACAGUGGAACACAUGGACGACCUCCCUCACAAGCAGAAGCCCAUCCCCAUCACACACGACUUCGUUCGGUUCAAGAAACCGGCGCUCUACGUGCUUGACACUCCUCGCGGAACGGGCAUGACGAGCAGGCGUUUCUUCUUGCAAUGGUAUGGCAUUCGCGCAUUCGCGUUCAAUCCAGAGGGCUCUUUGUUGGCGAUUAAGGGAGUUCGACAUCGUGUUGAACUCAUCAGUAGCGCAAAGGGCCUGGGCUAUGGCGUUGUCAGAAGCCACACAGACGAAGUAACACACGCAGAAUUCACAGCCGACGGUGAGAGACUCGUGACGAUGUCCAAAGACGGCACGAUGCGAGUGACGAAUAUUCGCACGCUCCAUAGCAUUGCGAAGCUGGAGAUGGACAGCUGGAGGAACCCACUUCAGCUAGCUGUCUCACCCUCAGGAGUAGUGGCCUCAAUAUGGGGGCGGACGGUGACGAUUUGGGACUAUGACACAGGGGCAAUGAACAGCUACAACUUCGAGACGGCGCGUGGUAGUGAAGGUUGGCCCCUGGCUAUCUCACCUGACCUUCGAUGGGUUGCGAGUCGGACGGACGAGGGGGCCGACGUAACUGCCCUUGCUACGGGCAAGGUUAUCUACUCAGCAAGGCUCGAGACUGGCUUUGUGACCUCGGCAGCUUUCUCAAAUGACGGUAAAUACUUGGUAUCCGGCAGGUGUACGAAUGGGCAUCAUGGGCGGGCUGACUCUGGCAUUCUGAACAUGUGGGAGAUUGUGGUUUGA